AAAACUUCUUCUACCCCGCUGCACAAAGACCAGUGUGCAGUCGCAGUCUCCUCCACGCUGUGAGUGCGCAGCGCCUGCACGGAUCGCUCCAAAUUGGAACUUAAGCCCACAUUGCAUGACCCCGCAUAGCUUUACUGCUGUUUUCUCGGCCGUGAACGACCCUCGGUGUUCCGCUGUGGCUGUUUUCCAGCACGUAGUCCGACCCCGAAAACCGUCGGGACCAGUGAAGAGAGAAGUUGCGGGAGUGGUCUGGAAACUUUUGCCAUCAUGAGCUCGCAGACGGUCAACCUUGAUACCUACAGCCUGUCGCUGCUCACGGCCAAAGAGGACAUCAUCAACCCCCGUUCCUCCACCAACUGGGCAGUAUUCACAUAUGAUGGAUUCACCAACAAGCUCAAACUGGCUGACUCAGGAGCGGGUGGUGUGGCAGAGCUGGCAGGGAAGUUUCACAUCUCCAAGCCUCAAUAUGGACUGUGCAAAGUGGGAAGCGCGGAGACAGGAGGCCCCCGGAUUGCUAUGAUCAGCUGGGUCGGCCAAAAUGUGGAAGACUUCCGAAGGACAGAAUGUGCCAGCCACAUCCCAGCCAUCAGAAACUUCUUCAAGGAAGCACAUGUGUUCAUUAGCGCAGAGAAGGUGGAGGACGUGACAGAGGAGAAGAUAAGGGCAGAGCUCGGCAAGGCCCAGGCCAACACUCCCGCACAGUGGGUGAGAAGGAGCUCCAGGUCAGCGGACAAGGAGGAAUUAGUGGGUACAAAUUACAGAAAAACAAAUGCUGCUAUGGAGAUGAGACGGAUAAACAGAGACUCAUUCUGGGCACGUGCAGAGCGUGAAGAGGAAGAGAGGAAAGAGGAGGAGAGGAGGCGAGCAGCAGAGGAGCGACGCCGCCUUGAGAGAGAAAGAGUUUUAAAGGAGCGGAGGGAUGCAGAAGAGAGAGACAGAAAGAUGGAGGAGAAGCUACAGAUGAUUGAGGAGCAGAGGAGAAAACAGGCAGAGCAGGAAGAAGAGAUGCGCAGACAGGAGAAAUUCAAAUGGGAACAGCAGCAGAGGGAGCAUAUGGAAGAUAUGAGGGCUCGUCUUAGAAGGAGUGAGUCCAUAGAGAAAGCAGCAGAGGCAGCAGCAUUAGUAUCGCAGCGCUCCAUGAACCCUCGGGAGUUCUUCAGGCAGCUGUCGUCAUCAUCAUCACAGAGUCCCACCAGUCCUGGAUCCUCCCGCACUGGCAAACCCUUCAGACGAUACCAGCGCAGCCUGACAGACACGGCCUUCAUCUUCUCUAAACCAGAGGGGAGCACAUCAUCGUCCCCUUACAGUUCACCCCUGGUCUCCCCCUUCUCCCGGGCUCCUCCCUCCCCCAUCUACCGUGCCACAUCUCCCCCCACGAGCCCCGAUUUCCGCCCCGUCACCUCUCCACAAAGGCCCAGAGCCCCCAUGUCGCCGCCUACAUCACCUCCUCGCCCUGCCCCUCCAGUGUCAGCCCUGCCCAGCGUCCCACAAACGAAAAACGAAGUUCAGGCUGUUGUUGAGCCCAAACCCCCAUCACCUACGGAACCUUCUGCACCUCCGGCCUCCCCGACUCUCUUGGCUUCCUUGUCCCCCGUUUCAGUAAAAGACAACCCCUCUCAGUCACAACCAGGGGCCCUGCCUGCCUCGCCCCCAAAUACCCCGACCGAGCCAGAGCACUCAUCUUUCUGCUUUGAGCCUGGUGUAGCUCCACAGGCUCCAACAGCUCCUCUUCCAGAGAUACCACAGCCAAACACAGACCUCAACACAGCUGCUUAUGUGCACACUGAGCUGGUCUCAGACACUGGCUACAAAGUACAGGCUGUACUGGUGGAGGAGGACGAAGAAGAAGAGGAUGAGGUGGAGCCCGAGGGAGAUAAGGCUGAAACACAACCACAGCCUCGCGCUGUUACCACAGAGCCAGUCCAGGCUGAGGCAGAGGAGCAAGAGGAAGAGGAGGAGGAAAAGAAGGAGGAGAAGGAAGUAGACAAGGAGGAAGAGGAGGAGGAGGAAUUAAAACAACAGGAAGCUGAGCCUGCACCAGUGGAGGAGCCAGCUGAGGUGGUGCAGGAGGAAGAGGAGGCAAGGGAAGAUGGAGAGGAGAAUGACCAAUCAGAAGACAUUCAGGCCCCAUCUGAGCCUGCUGAGCUAUCAAAGGAAGAGCCAACAGCAGCAGUCACUGAUGCUGAACCAAUUUGUCAAGUAAUCAAACACGAGACUGUCGUCCUGUCAGCCAAUGGGAUCACCAACGGAGAGGACAUGCAGGAACAGAACGGCAUAGAGCGAUCUUUGAGUCCAUCUGACACAGAGCUCAGCACACCGGAGCUGGUCAGGUGCUACGAUCAUCAUGUCACGGCAGAGGAGGAUGACGUCAUUGAGGACAAAGAACAGGAGAUCUCAGAAAAUGGACAAGAGGUUUUAGCCGAGCGACAAAUGUGUGUCCGAGCUUUGUAUGACUACCAAGCAGAGGACGAAUCUGAGAUCUCCUUUGAACCCGGUGACAUCAUCAAGGACGUGGAAACGGUGGACAAAGCCUGGUGGAGGGGAUGGAGCAAAGAUGGCCGUCAAGGCUUGUUCCCUGCCAAUUAUGUGGAGACCAUAUAGGCAGGCAGAGACACACGAGCACACACACAUACACACACACACUCAGGGACGCCAUCUCCCCUCACAUUUGUGCAUGUUUUUACCUUAAUCCUCCCACUGAAACUUUGUACUCUCUAUUUUGUUGGAAGGAUAAAGAAAGAUGUGACUCCCUGUUUUGUAUAAAGCGUAAAGAAAUGUGUGACUCUCUAUUUUUGAUGUUCUUUGAGCAAAACAAAAUAUUCUCACAAGUAUGCAGAAAUUACCCAGCCUCAUUUUCUUGGAUAAAAUAGCGGGGACCUUUUUCCUGGACCAAAAUAACUUAUUUCCUUUUGAGAUACAGCAGGAAUGUUGGUGGGAGGGAUCAGAUCACGGUGACAAAGGAUCACAAACUUGCUUUUCUUGUGAGAAUACACAAACAGAUUUUUAUAGUGUAUUGUUGUCUUUUUGAUCCACACAUAUAACAAGCAUUCCAUUCUGCUCACCAUUUGCUUUGUGUGUUACAUUGCUAAAAAAAAAUAAUUUUUACUGCUCUUGACUGGUAUAUAUAAUCAAGACACAUGUAUCCGACAUCGUCUUAUAAUCAUCUUCCUGUAUUUCCUGAGUUAUUUUGUAGCACUGUUUUGUUACUGACAGUCUCGCAGCACACUCUAAUUACCAGAACAGUAGCAUAACAAAAGAUAAACAAGCAGAGGAAAAAGGCACUGUACUGACACCUGUGUUUCUCCAUCACUCCUUAAGAUGGGCCGUAUAUUUUGUUCAUAUUGCGAUGUCCUUCCAUACAUUUUGUGAUUAUGCCUCUUCUUAAUUUUUCCUAGAUUUUAAGAAAUUAAAGCAUUCUGAUGAUAUGAAAAUAAUCUUACUCUUUUAAUCCUCUGUAAUAUCUUAAUACUCUACACUGUAUAUAAGAAUGUAUAAAAACACAUCAAAGAUCUUUUCUUUUUCUAUGCUUGUAUGUUUGUAUGCUGUAUGCUUGUUUGAUGGUAUGUAUAUGUUCUUUGUAUUUACUCCAAACUUACAAAUAUAUAGCUUUUACAAACUGCUUUGAAA